AUCUACAGCCGGUCUGAUAGAGUUCCGUAUUCGAUUUAAUAACUACUAUUAUAUACAUAUUUUUUUUUAAUUGAAUAAGCACACAGUCAGCGCGUGUCAUGUCCAGUGUAGUUUUUUAAAAGUCCUCAGGCUUUGGAUUAGCCAGUGGGUGUUAAUUUCUGUAAUUGUUCAAAGCAAAUAUUCAAUUGGAUGAGUCAGAUUUCACGAAAAAUCUAACCAAAAUGUAUCGAAAUAUUGCUCUGGUUUGUGCGAUGUUAUUGAAUUGGGUAAUAACGGUACGCACAGUUAACUAUACUUGUGCGGUGAAUCCCGAAGGUUUUUGCAUAUACCAAGGACUCCGGAUAAAUAGUCCUGAAGAAGCAAAUAGUGUGCAGCUGCUGGCACCGAACUAUGAGCUGACGAAGAUCAAGUUUCGAGAAUCGGCUAUGGUUGUUCUUCCCCCGAGCAUCUACACGACGUUCCCGAAACUUCAAGAACUGCGUGUGUGGUGGCAAAGUCUACACAAUAUUUACAUACCACAAAAUCUACUGCAUCUGGAUGCCGAACGGAACCGGAUUAACACGAUCAGUUUCGAUACCAAUACGGUUCCGAUGUUACGAAAGCUGGAACUGGGCCAUAAUAGAUUGAAAACCAUAGAAAACAUCUCGUACUUUGAAAAUCUCGAAAUUUUAGAUCUCUCCCAUAACGAUCUGCGUUCAAUUGAUCUGUGUUUGUUCCAGCGACUGAAAAAUCUCCGCACGCUGGAUCUAUCGGUUAAUAAUAUGGCAAUCGUGAAGAACUCGAUGGAAGAAAAACUCGAAUCGCUGACAGUAUUAUAUUUGAACGACAAUCGGUUGUCCUAUCUGGACAUCAACGUGCUGAAGCAAUUCCCAAAUUUGGAAACGUUACACCUGUUCAACAACGGGUUGAUGUACAUGGAAUUCGAAAAUAUGCGAACAAUGUUUCCUCGCAUCAAUGUCGUUCACAUUUACGGCAACGACUGGAACUGUGAGAAUCUGGCCGAGAUGAUUAUCUACUUCAAAAAAAUCAACAUGAAAGAGUAUAAACUGUACAACUCACUGAAGUGCAAGGAAAAAGUAGUGGACGGAAUCUGUUGCUCCGAGGGUAAAGCCUUAACCAUCCUGAAAAAAUCCAACCUGUACUUCUCCAAUUACGUGAACGAGUUGAACCUGCAUUCGCAGCACAUUAUGCAGGAGAUGAAGCAGUCCAAACGGGAAAUUCAAAAACUUAUCGCAACGGAAAACAUGACUCAGGCCUCGCUGCGAGCAUUCAGCGAUGACAUGAGCGCUAUCCGCAGUCGUAUCGCGAACAUUUCGACGCAGGCGUCGGAUAACUCUACCCCCGCCGUUCGCCCGAGGAAGCACGAGAAGGUAGACAAGCUAGUUCAGGAGAUUUACAAAAUUAAGCAAGACUAUCAAAGCUUAAGCCGAGAGAAUCAACAGUUUAAGCAUCAAAUCGAGAGCUACGAAAAGAUGAAAUCGGAGAUGGAUUCCCUUCGGGCCUACUCGGAGGAGAUGAAAGUCAUUAUCCAGGAGUUGAAGGAGGAGAAUACCCACCUGAAGGACGAUUUGUAUCAGUUACUGCAGGACUUUCACGAACUUAAAAUUAAUCGAAAUCAAAAAGAAGUAUGACACUGGGGGCGGUGUGCACUAAACAGUUGGAGCACAUGAUAAACGGGAAAUUGAAUUGUUUUGAGUGAACUUAGUAGCUAACACACGGGCCAAGUGUUCAACUGAGCUGUAUCUUACCUGUUUUGGGGGUUAAUCUGUCUCACAGACUCAUAGAUUGAGUUGGAUAUAUUUACCAAUAAACUGCGACGGUAGGUCACAUUUCAUUUGCUGGGCAAAAAUCGUAGUGUGCAUUUUAGGCAAACGAGGGAAGUCGAUCUUCUCUAUCUACUUAGAGAUAUUUUUGUGCGUCGUCUGGGACGACAGGCUUGCCUGCACAUUAGAAUAGUGGGAAUUCCAAACCGCACUCGCAGAUGACGGACAGCUCAAUGGUGUCUGAUAGCGGUGUAUUUUUGACGUUACAAAGAUUAGAAACACCAUAGGCAAAAAAAGGCGAAGGACCUGACACACUUUAUGCAAGUGUAUCAUUCGAAGAAAAUGUUUGAUGGCAGGACCAAACGAACUCAAGAAGGAUUAAUGAUAGAUCAGUUAGCUAGAAACAAAAUGCAAAGAUAAAUGCCAGUGUUCGAUUUUUUUAUAACUAGUAGUAUAUUUACCUAUGUACCAAACUGAA